AUUGGUUAAGAGGUUGAGCUUGUACUUUGUAUCAGGACUGUUAUGGAGAACAUGGCUACCUUCAUCUUCGUGAUUGGUUUGUUCGUGGCUGGGACGCUGGCAGACUCAAACGGUGACUUCUACUAUGACAUAUCCGCGCUGCACAAGCAGCUGUUAGCCGGCUACGACAAGAAUGUUCUGCCAAAAGAGACCCUCGACCAAGGGGUCAAGGUCAGUCUCGACUUCACCCUGAUUCAACUGGACGAUGUAGAAGAAGACGAGGGGGAAGUGGGCGUGACCGUCUGGCUAUCUCAGUCCUGGCACGACUCUCGGUUGCGAUGGGACAGCAAUCUUCAUCACGGCCUGGAGAAAGUGGCUUUUCCCCAGGACGCGAUUUGGAUUCCAGAUGUCACUCUUUACAAUGGGGUUCACGCACCCGAGAAACUGAAUGACAACGCCAUUAUCGUAAAACAGGACGGUACGGUCAUCUUCGUGCCCGCUCUGCGCCUGCGCGCCUCGUGUCCAAUCUCGGAGAAUUCUGUUAACGUCACCUGCAUCUUUAAAUUAGGCUCCUGGGUCCAUGACACUUCAUAUGUAGACGUCGAACCCGGUAAGAAACACAUGGAGGUGUCAGAUCUGUACACAAAUCCAAAAUGGGGGGUGCACUAUGUACAAGGCGAACGUAAGGCAGAGAAGUACGACUGCUGUCCCUCGACCUACAGUUCUGUGGAAUUCUCAGUACAGUUUCUAAGGAAAGAAUAAUGUUCCUGCCUUAAACAUGUAACUCUUUACCAAAUACAGCAAGCAUUGUUUA